ACCAGUGUCUAUUGCAGAUGGGCUGCUUUCCAUUUCAGUUCCCCCACUCCUCGUGUGAUGAGAAAUCCGAGGCAGACUGGCUCUAAAUACUCCAGCUCGUGAACUAAGAUGCUGCUGUGGAGGAUGUGAUGUGGGCAGCAGUCAGGCAUCCAUGAUGAAGGAGACAGUUGUCAGUCUGCCCCUCUCAGAUCACUGCAGAUAUUCCCACAGAGUGCUGAUGAAAAGAUAAGGAGCAUUAGUAAACAGCCGGGAUCCAAACCGGUGAGUCCAUCUGCCCCAGAGCCACAGCAGAGGGAGGGGGACAACAUGGCAGAACGGCGCAUCCAACAGCGCCAGGGAAGACGGGAUCGCUUUCGAGUAAUGAAGGAGGACUAGGGGAUCAGCCAAGUAAAGCAGAAAUUAAACGCCGGUCUCGGAGUGAGGGGCCCACCAACAGGGUGACUCGUGAGAGACAACCUUUAGAAGAAGGCAGGCAGGAUGACAAUUUCGCAUCAUAUGGGAAGAAAAAUGAGAGAAUUGUUGGUCCAAUAUGGGCAGUUACUCACAGUUCCACUGCCACACGGAUGUCACGGUAUUCACCACCCUUAUCAGAUGAUGGGAAUCUGAUUCAUGUGCAGGCUCAGAGGCCAGCAGGAAGUGACUCGGACUCUAAUGAGAGUGACACAAAAGUGUGGACCAAAAAUCCUCUUGUUAUGAGGAAGACUAAGAGAACUGGCAAAAUAGAGAAACGCCAGUCAAACAGUGAGAAUGGGUUUUCAACAGGGAUACCAACACCUAUCAAAACUAAUCGUGAAAGUUUUGUGUACUGUGGUUCUCAAGACAAGGGGGAUAGUGGAGGUGGGGGCAGUUUGAAAGGGAACAAAUAUCAAAAACUUGAAGAAUUAAGGCGGAAACGAAUUGACAUACAAAUGACCUCUGACGAAGAAAACACUCCUGAGUCACGGAUAUCUCGACUCAGACAACGUGCAAUUCAAAGUGGCCUUGGUAAACAGCCAAGACCAGAUAGCUUCAGACAAAGUGCAGUCAUACCAGGAAGUCCAACACAAAAUUACUCUCCCAAAUCUCAAGGGGCUUUCUUCCAGAAUGGUUCAUCCGAUCCCAGGUCUGGUGGGACCUCCCAACAAUUAGGGAAUCAAAGGUCUUCUGUCAUACAGUCAUCUUACCAAGGUGUGAACGGUGCUCCCUCGUCUUCUGCCUAUGGUUCACCUUAUGGAGUAAAGCAAACGAGUAGUGGCCAAACUAGACAGCCUCUUAUUCGGCCUUUUGAUCCAAAGGGUUUUUCUGAUUCUGGGAUAUCAACAAGGGCUGAUGCUCCAGCUAAUGCUAACAGGUUUUCCCAACAUAAUGAGGUUCGAUCUCCUGUGACAAAGACAGCAAUGUACAACAGUUCCCCCGAGGUGGUCAAGCGGCCAUUUGACCGCCCCCGUGUGCCAUCUGUGGACUCUAUAUAUGAAGGAAGCAGCAACCAGCAGCCUGAGCUUCAAUCUCCGGGUGUGGAUUAUAGCAGAAAGUUCGGUGCUGGUACUACUUACCAGAAUGUUGGCCAUGGUUUUGUGUUCAUGAGGCCAGCAAGCAGUGGGACAAUGGAGGUACCUAAAGGAGAAUUAGUUCAUGCUCCCGUCCGUCAAGGACUAGGACAGAAAUCACCGUCAAACUUCAAUGAAGUGGUUGAGUUACGGUUAAAGACCAGUCGUGUCAUAGAUAGACCUCCUUCACAAAGUGUCCUGGAUCAGCAGAGGAGGUUACGAGCUAAUAUAGCAGCUAACAGUGAUGACUCAUUAGAUGAACUGAUAGAGUCCAACAUUCAGUAUCUAGAGAGUGAGAUAGAAAGUGGACGUGCUAAAAAAGGUCUCUGCACCAGUGUCCAGAUCAGCCAGUUUACCAGAUCCAAGGAGGAGUUCUGGUCAUUAUACCAGUGUACGAUCAGGUCCCCUACAUUCAGGGGUCCUCCCUACAUCCUAUGCAUCUGCCCAACACAAAGAACCACCCAUACUAUCCCCUCACAGCCACAUAUAAAACCUGGUAGUGAACUCAAGUUUCAUAUCCCUAUGCCAGGGAAUAAGCAGCAACCGCCUGAUAUUCGUAUCGCAAGUGAGAACAGAUUUGAUUCUGGUGUUCAUUAUGGUAAUAGCCCUACUGCCCCCAACCAGAGAUAUAGUACCUCAUCUUCGUCAGGGUACUCAGGCUAUGGUAUCCCCUCAGAACGGAAGCUUUCAUAUGAUAGUAGGUCAGUAAUACCUACCAGUGACAUCUCUAGAGAUGCCUUCUCUAAAUCAGACACUCAGCUGAAUUCAGCUCCACCCAUACCAGCGUUCAGGGAGGGUGCUCUGCAUCCAUCAUAUGUGCAUCCCAAAUCUAGUUCAGCAGACCAACUACAGCCUGAUGGCACCACGGUCAUCACAGAUAGUUUGAACAUUCCUCAUCUUGACCGUGGUAUGUUUUCAGAUGUGGAUUACGACAUCGAAGUAUCAGAAAGAGUGAACAGAUGGGAAACGUAUAUGAAAAAGAGGAGUGAUCCUGAUCUUGGAACCAUACAAGAAAGGACUGAGCAGGAUCUACUGCCAAGGAAUAUUCGUAGAUCAGUGUAUGUGGAGCAGAAACUUGAGAUACCACAAUCCCCAGUUGGACCUGUGUCUCAGAGCUUCACCUGGAGUAACCUGCAGACUCUGAAACCAUCUAAUUCUGACCCAAUGAUUCAUCUUGCUACCGAUCCUCAGAUGAUAGCACAAGAGACCAAAAGGUUAUUCCACCUGAUCAGAGAGCCAGUGUCAGGUGCCCAGUACCACACUGCAACCAGUGCAGUGAGCACUUUCUAUAAUGCACCAGUUCCACAGCUAGCUACUGGUGGUGUAUUGACUGCAGCAGAACUGCGAGAACAAAUGCUAGCCCACAAACAGCCAGCUCUCGAAGCAUCCAGCCAUGCAAAUGGUGGGAAAUGUGUUUCUCGUUAUGAAGAACUCGAAGAAAUGAGAGAUGCUAAGAGUGACAGUGUGAAGGAUUUGUGUAGAAGGUUUGAUCUUGACUUCCAGCCAGAUUUGGACAGUCAGUUUCAAGGGCAAUUACGAUCGAAACAUGAUGAUGAUACUGACUGGUCAAAACUUAUAUCUGACCUUGAAGAUAAAAUCAAAGAAACUGAGGUUUGGUCUCCGAACAUGGAGAGUAACAAGGGAGAUAUGGUCAGCAUAGAAAGAGUGAAAGCUAGAACAUUGCAAACAAUACCGUUCUCUGAGGACCCUUUCUGGAAAGAAAUUGAGGAAAUGACGAGUUUCGAGAAAAUGUUUAAUGGAACAAGUUUAGAUGACCCUCUGUCUUUUAGACAGCAUCAGCUUGAUUAUCCCCAUAGUCAGAGCUACACACUCCCCACCCAGCCUCGUACCUCAGCUAGAGACAGAAUACAUAGGUCAAAGUCACUUUACACACCCAAUAUAACACCAUUAACCAUUUCUGUAGAUAAAUAUAGUGCCCCCAGUGCUUUAGAUGAUGUCUUAGAUGACAUCAAAACAUCCUUGGAGAAACAAUCCAGCCCUAAAGUAAGGAAGGCUGGGGACAGCUCUGACUCGCAUAGGUCUUCUCCAGGUCCACCAUUCGCUGAGGUGAACAUCUCAAGCUCUUCGAGACCAAGAACAUAUGCAGAUGUUUCUAGGAGCUAUUGGGAUGACAGUCACCUCGGGGCAGCACCAAGUGUGGCUCCUGGUCCUGCUGCUGCUCCUGCUCAAGGUUUGUUGUUGACAUAUGCCACUCAGCAGCCAGCCCAGCCUGUUCUUGGCAUGCAGGAGUACCCCAAUGUUGUGAAUGGCAACUAUCAGCUUGACCCUAAUAUACUCAAACAGAAGCUGCUUAACACCGGUCUUGCGCAGGAUCAGCUUCUCACAAAGUCACCUGGACGCAUUCGACCCAAGCCGCCUCCUCCGCUUAUCAUACCACAAAGCUCCCAGCAGCCUCCCACCUUGUUCUCAGUAACCCAUCCUGCUCCUCUGAAGUCCCAGCCUGUACCACCUCGCAAUGUGCCUUCCUCUGAAGAAAAGAUUAAUCAGGUAAAUCAGUCUAUGGAGGAUCUAAGACAAAUUGCUAAAGAUGUUGAAAGUAAGAUUAAUCAAAUUAAAACCAAACUAGUUAAAGCUGACGAAAAGAACCUUGAUAAAAUUUUGCUGACCCUUAGAAAGUUUGCUCCUGCAGCAAGUCCAAAAUCUUUUGAACCUCGUAACGAAUCUUUCCAAGAUUUUUAUGUGAAAAAAAAGUCCAAACUAUCAGAUGCCCUGACCGAACUUGAACGCAUUUACAAGAGUUUGAAUCUGGAUGAUGAAAGUCUGCUGGACAGAGCAGAGAGAAGGGACUACCCAUCUUACAGGUCCCAGCGUCCACUUCAGUCUCCCAGUUUUAUAGAGAGACCUGAGCAGAAGAUUGAGACCAGUAGUUUCUCCUUCCAAGUUGCAAAACCUGACAGAUUUAGAAGCAGAGAGCCUGAAAAAAAGACAGAAGCAGACUAUGAGGCCAUCUCUAAGUCUUUUCAGGCCAUACUUGAUGAAGUGAAUCAGACAUCAGCUGUGAUGGCAGGACCCAGCAGGAUGCAGACUUCUCCAGGUAAUGCUGUGUCAAAGUUGAACUAUUACCGUCCUCAAACAGGACCAAGUCCUGAGCCAGUAAGGAAAAUAUCAGCUCCACAGAUGUCUCCAGUCUCAUCAAUAACGUUUCAGCCAGAAAUUACUGUCAGUCCAGAGCCGCAGAGAAAAACUUCUCUUAGAACUGGCAUUCCUCGACCUUUGAACCUUCCUGUGGUAAGUCCUGACCCUGGCAGGAAGGGUCUUGCCCUCAUGUCAACAACAGCCAAGGUUAUUCAGCCAGGGACACAAAGGACAGUGACACAGGAACCUCUGAUAGCACGACAAGGUGUACAAGAACCUCCGAUUGGGACAUCAGGGAAAGCAAUGGUUCCAAUUCCCAAGAAGAGUAGUACUUUGGAUGAUCCACAGAGGCAGAAUUUGUCAGCAAAUGUGAGUAAGUUGAUGACUCAAAGUGGGAUUCCUCAAGAAACUCGAAGUCAGAGUGUUUCAAUUGUCCUGAAGUCGCCUGGAGCAUCAUCCGCAAGCAGCUCCCAGCCUGCAAUGUCAGUCAGCUCCUCCCAGACACCCCCAGCUGUAGCGCGCCCAGAAAGGCCCGUGGCCGGUUUCGAUCCAAGAAUCCUGACUUACCAAGGGAGUCAUCACCACCUCAGUCACAUCUCAGACUUCGGGCCAGAGAAAGAUGCUGACAUUAUGCAUGAUGACCUGGCAUAUCGUUCUCUACGAAAGGACGUAUCUACAGAAACACAGAAACCUUCCACAGCAACUUCAACAGUGGAAUUUCAGAUAAAGCAGCCAGGAACACCACCAUCAAUUCCAAAAUUUGAAAGGUCCUUUGACAUCCAUGCAACUAAAGUGAGCGAGAAGAAACCUCCUUCACCACAUGGGUCACCCAAACAGCGGACAGUGGAGACCCAGACAUCAUCACAAGAACUGAUGAAGAAAACUCUUCGUGGAAGACAUCCUCAUAUGAAGAAUGAGGCCUCAGAGGGCUCAGAGAGUAAGCGUCGAGGAGCAAAGAUAGGUCGAGGAAUUGCCAAGAUGGUUGAAAUGUUUAGCUCAAGUGAUGAGGAAAAGAGUAGGAAGUCCAAACCCCUUCAUACCCGAAGUGCCCCUGACUUGACUUUAGCUUUCACUGAUGAUGAUGAUCUGGAUCUGAAAGAUGAGUCCAGAGAAAGUGAUAUUGGUUCAAAGACGCUGGGGCAUAUUAAGACACCGAAGGAUGUGAGUGUUUCAGACAAAGUUGUGAGCAGUGAAACAUCAGAGGUUUCCACUCCAACAUCUCCCAGUGCAAAACCUCCUGUCCACCCACUGAAGAAACAAGCUGCAAGCCCCGAGAAGACAGUUGUUGUUCCAGAGCAGAAAGUCGUGAAAGAUGUGAGUGGGAACAGUGAGGGUGACAAUUUGGAAAGAAUAUUUGUGUCAAGUAGAGGUAAGCGUGGUAAAUCAGCUGAAAGAGGAGCAGAAAGUGAUAGUGCAAUUCUAGAAAAGCCAGAGAGACCAAAGAGUUUCCAUGAACUACUGGCUUCAUUUGAGCCAAAUACGAAUCGCCUCCAGCGACUGAAGACAUUGCGGAAGUGUGCAUCUGAAGAUAUUGUGAUGCCCGAGACUGUGGUGCAGCGGACAUACCACUCCCAGCCCUACCACUCCGAGCCGUACCUGGCAGAGCAGCGAGAGAAGGCACCGACCAGAGAAGAGGUUCGCAGCUGGAGGUUAACUGUGCCUUAACAUUCAAAGGGAGCUGCGAUGUCCCCUGCAUCUAGGAAUGUCGUCUGUACAGCUCAGUCUCGCAUGAACUUUAAGUCAGAGCUGGUUCUCAGAGUGGGCAUGUGUACACUUUGAGUGGGUG